UGUUUUACUUUGGCAGCAACUUAAACAACUGAGUCAAAUUAACACUUAAAUUCAAAACACAUAAAUCCAAGAAGGUGGUCAGUCUUCUUUUUUCAGUCUAAAAAUUGGAGCGCUUACUUGUCACACAUUUACUGAGGACUCGGACGGGGUGCGUGGACCUCGUGGCGGGGUAGGCGUGGGUCGAUGAUAGUGUAGGCGGGCAGGAUGACUGACAUCCAAAGGAGACAAACGAAGGAAGCACGGUAAGGAAGACUGGGGAGCGUGGAAGUGAUCCUCAGGUUGUGGACGGCUGGGGUGACAGCGAAGCAAGGUGACAGGAAAACAGGCGAGAAGGAAUCCCAAAAAGAGUUUGAUUACUGGAGGAUUUCCACACGAACCACGACUGACUCAUUACCACUGGCUCAGACAAUACUCUGACAACAGACGUCUACCACUCCGCUAUUUAACAAGUGUGUAGGGAAAUCCCGAAAGUCACAGCCUCGCCCGCCUGCUACAUAACGGGGAACCACAGCAAAACACGCGUGAAACAGAUGUAACAACAGACAGAUGUAGGGACCGGAUGCUUUAAAUGGCUCAAUGAAGAAUGCCAGGCUGCACAGCUCUCUUCCUCUCAGCAUUAACAGUGACUCUCUUCUGUGCUGUAGUCGGUCAGACUAAAUUCACUGUAAGUGCAGAACAGGAGGUCUACCGUGCAGAAGAAAACACUAACGUCACAAUGAUCUGGCUGCUCCAUUUUGACACCAACAGGCCUCCUGACUCCCUGCUAAUAGACCUAAUGAAUGUGAUAAGGACGACACAGAUUUUCUUCUAUAACAGUGACACUGACACUGAAGUGUACCCAGAUGAGAACUACAGAGGGCGACUACAUUGUGAUCCACGGCUAGCCAGGAAAGGAAGGCUUGAAUGUCUUUUAACCGAUGUAAGGCUUAACGACACGGGGACAUAUGACUGUAUGAUUGUCCUUAACAGAGAAAGUAGCUACAAAACAUGUGACCUCAAUGUUAAAGCUGCCUUCAAGAAACCUGUGGCAGAGACAUCAACACCAGUGAGGAGUGGGAGGAGCAGCCUAUAUGCAGUGCCAGCUUUGUUUAUAGUGGCGAUUUUUGUACUUUUUUGUAAAUAACUGCUGUGUAUUUAUGUGAAGUAGCAGCCCAUUACAGAUCACUCCUGAGGUCAGCUCUGACUGUAAUGAGGCUGCUGACAUUUUUUUUAAAGUACUGUCACAAUUCCUCAGAGCUGUACCACAGAGCAGUGCACACUUACAUCAUCCUUCACUCUCCCAUAUUUAACUCAAACUUAUGCACUUUUAUUCCCAAGUUUGUUUGUUUUUUUCAAUGAUUUUUCCAUUAUUUUUACACCCUGACUUGCUGCAUCCCAUGUUGUUAUGUUUAGACUAAAACAUGUGAAAAAGAGAAGUUUAA